AUGGCAACUCCGGAAGUGUAUUCUCCCGGGAUUUGCUGCAUGCGCAAAGUGCUUUACGUACAUGCACAGAAGCAGUGCCUCUACUUGCAGAGUUUUUGCGGUACGUACGGACCCCCGGAACAAAUUACAUUCGUAUCCAGAGGGUCCUCUGUAAAUGUGCAGGGAUAUAUGUGACAUGUUCUGUUAUCAGUGGUCAUUGUAUUGAGUUCUGGGUUUGUGAAUUGUCUUAAACAGAAGAAAGGGAAACAGGAUAGAGAAGAAUUAACAGGUUAGCAGUUCACAUCGUAUAGCCAAACACCUAGUCAAGAGGCCUUUUGGUUGUGCUUAGAUUAAGUGUAAGUAAGAGUUAUUUUUCCUCUUCUGCUACCAAUGAAACAGCGGAAAAUCUUGGUCUGUUGAUGAAUUUGGGGGUGGGGUGGGGUUCAAAGCGAGGAGAAUAAUUGCUGUAUUGAUGAAGAAAAAUUUUUACUCUUUGAUUCCUUACUGUGUUUGAUGUUCAUCUUAUUGGAAGCUGCUCAGAGUAGCUGGGGCAACCCAGUCAGAUGGGCGGCAUAACAGAAGUAGUAGUAAUAGUAGUAAUAGUAAUAGUAAUAAUUAUGUAUUACUAUUACAGUGGUACUUUGGGUUAAGAACUUAAUAUGUUCUGGAGGUCUGUUCUUAACCUGAAACUGUUCUUAACCUGAAGCACCACUUUAGCUAAUGGGGCCUCCCGCUGACGCUGCGCCGCCACAGCACGAUUUCUGUUCUCAUGCUGAAGCAAAGUUCUUAACCCAAAUUACUAUUUCUGGGUUAGCGGAGUCUGUAACUUGAAGCGUAUGUAACCCAAGGUACCACUGUAAUUCGUUCCGGAGGUCCAUUCUUAACCUGAAACUGUUAUUAACCUGAGACAUGCUUUCGCUACCGGCACACGAUUUCCGUUCUCAACUUGGGGCAGAGUUCUCAACUCAAGGUAAUUCUUCCAGGUUAGCGGAGUUUGUAACCUGAAUCGUUUGUAACCUGACGUGUUUGUAAGUCGAGGUCCCACAGUACUGCGCUGAAAUUUAAAUUUAGACCAGCCAGACUGAGCCAAAUUCUGAUGGUGUGUGUCCCCCCCCCUACCCAAGAGAUAGUAACUUCUGCUUAUACAGUGGUGCCUCGCAAGACGAAAUUAAUCCGUUCCGCAAGAGUCUUCGUCUAGCGGUUUUUUCGUCUUGCGAAGCAAGCCCAUUGACGGAUUAGCGCUACUAGCGCUAUCAGCUGUUUAGCGGCUAUUAAAGGCUUAAAGGCUUAGGGGAUUAGCUGCUAAAAGGCUAUUAAAGGCUAUUAAAGGCUUAGCAGAUUAGAUAAAGGGGGGGGAAAGCGAAAAAAAUCUCAGGACUCGCAAGGUAUUUUCGUCUUGCGAAGCAAGCCCAUAGGGGAAUUCGUCCUGCGAAGCAACUUCAAAACGGAAAACCCUUUCGUCUAGCGGUUUUUCCGUCUUGCGAGGCAUUCGUCUUGCGGGGCACCACUGUAUUUAAAUUUAGACCAGCCAGAUUAAGACAAAUUCUGAUGGUGUCUCUCCCCCCCCCCCGAGUCUUUAUUUUUCUCUCGUGGAGUUUAAAAACAGCUUAAAACAACUUACAACCACAAUAUGUUCAGAGUCUGAAGUGCAGCCUUGAUUGCUAGCAAAAGCCAUCCACGUUUGUCUGGGGACAUUUUUCUGUUCCUGACAGAGUGCCAAUUUUAUAACAGAACAAUGCAUUUGCUUUGUAGGGUUUGCCAGAACCUCUAAUUCGGACGGGAAGAACUUUGCAGAAGAAAAAAGGGACUCCUUCUCAUCUCUUGGAAGCUUCCUGAGAGCACAGAUGGAUGAGCAAGACUCGGCUGGACCUAAAGCAGGAAUAGGCCCGGCCACUGAAGAUGGGAGCACUGAGGGAUUCUGGGAAAACUCUAUGCGGAAGAUCCUGGGUGAGGAGGACACCCUCCGCUCAGAUGUUCAGAGCCAGCAGCUCAAGCAGUUCUACCAGGAGGCCAAAGGACCCCGAGAGGUUUGCAGCCGACUCUACCACCUUGUCUGUCAGUGGCUGAAGCCAGAAAGGAACACAAAAGCUGAGAUGCUGGACAUGGUGAUCUUGGAGCAGUUCCUGGCUGUCCUUCCACCCGAGAUAGAGAGCUGGAUGAGGGAAUGUGGAGCGGAGACCAGUUCCCAGGCAGUGGCCCUGGCCGAAGGUUUCCUCUUGAGUCAGGCAGAGGAGAGGAAGCAGGCAGAGCAGCAGGUGAGAGAGACUUUCCUCUGGAAACUCCCAAGGGGCUCCAAACCAGAGCAAGAGUAUCCCAAAAUGUGGUACUAAUGUCCCAUCCCUUUAUGGAUCGGAUCCUAGGAAUGCGAUCUGGUACCCCUAGAGUAUUUGCCUCUUCCGUUACUUUUCUAAUCCUCCUCCCAAUUAUCUCUUUGGAAUCUUUGUUGCUCUUUCAGGGAAAGGAUCUGAUGGCAGAAAUGGGUCCCGAUUCCUCAGAGGCAAGGAGGACUCCGAUGGAAACCAGAGAGAGACCACUGGGUAAGGAGAGUGUUAUUUCUCUCUUUGGUCACAUCCUAGGGAUUCGAUUCCGUGGGUUCUUUUCCUCUUUUAUGGGGAUGUGGUUGGGCCCAAGAGCCCAAAGGAGCAGAGAUGUAUUUUUGCACAACUAAAAGAUGAAGUUGUACAAAUGUCUCAGUAGGAUAGACUUCUUCAAAAGUCCAUCUGAAAUUAGAGAUGCAGUCCUGAACAUCGGAGAAAAGCAGGCAUUCAUGGCUUCCCACUUCCCUUUGUCUCUGGCAGGUGACCGGAUGAUGCCAGCAAGACCUCAUGUGUCUUUUCAUGGUGGAGAAGGAGAAGCAGCGGCUAUAGAAGCAGAUCAGGUAGGGGGCAUGAGACUUGUAGGGAGAGAGGCCGAGGGGUGGGGCAGCCAGAAUGCUUGGAAGAAAAAAAUGUGGAGUUCCACCCAUUUACACAAAGAUUAGGACCCAUCAUUAAAAUAAUAAAGUAAUUCCAGCAAGAUGUUAAAAUAAGCAUUCAUACCAUGUGGAGCAAAACAAUCCCAUUUAAACAACACAGCAAUUAACAGGCAGAAAACAACGGAGCAAUGUGUGGUAGAUCAUCUUUAUGCUGUCUAAGAGGAGGACAUUCCCUUUUUCUUUCAGGGUCUGGUGUGCUUUGAGGAUGUCGCUGUUAAUUUCACGGACAAGGAGUGGGCGUUGCUGGAUCCUGACCAGAGAGCUCUGUAUAAGGAGGUCAUGGAGGAGAAUCAUGGACUCCUGGAUUCUCUGGGUAAGAUUCUCUGAGGAUCAUCAUAUCUGUUUUGAAAUUCCAUAAAUUUCUCCUUGCGAUGAAUCUCCAAGGUUUGGAUGGAACUCAGUAGCGCCACCUACACCACCUGGAAAUCUAAUGCCCCCAGAAAUCAUUUGGAAUGGAGGGUGAUUGGCGGUGUUGUCUGCGAAUAUCUGUCAGUCAAUGGAGACAGAGCAGAUUUCGUGAUUGGGCCAAACAAAAUUAAUUGAAUCUCAGGUUCCCGUAAGUAUGUCAGCUAAUACCAGCCAACAAAGUCAGUGAACUCUGUAGUAAGAAUUCCCAUCUAAUUCCCUUCAUUUCUUCUUAUUUCACAACUGUUCAUUAGCGAUGUUCAGUAAUCAACAAUUGUGAACGGUCGUUCUUCCUGAGGCUCUAAUUAGUUUCUCUCUAUAUAUACAGUCAUACCUUGGAACUUGAAUGCCUUGGUACGUGUAUGCUUUGGCUCCCAAAUGAUUGAAAAUUCAAAAUGAGUGUUCCGGUUUUCGAACGAUUUUCGGAAGUCGAACGGUCAGUGCAGCUUCCGAUUGAGUACAGGAAGCUAAGUCAAUUGGAAGCAGCGCCUUGGUUUUUGAUCAGUUCUGGGAGUCGAACAGAACCGUUCGAGAACCAAGGGACAACUGGAUAUUAGUGUAACAAUACCACUUAACAUCUAUAUGAUAUAAAAGGGAAAUUUAUUUUUAUUACACUGCAUUUGUUCCACAAUUUUUUUCCUCUUUUAAAAAUCGUUCUUCCACACACUCUUUCCCUUUUUUAUUCCUUUCUCUUGUAUUACAUCUUUAUGAACAAAAUAUAUUUCAAUAAGAUAUUAAUAUUUUAAAAUGCAGUGGUACCUCGGUUUUCAAACAGCUUAGUUCUCAAACUACUUGGAACCCGAACACUUCAAACCCAGAAAUGAGUGUUCCAGUUUUUGAACCCUUUUCGGAAGCCGAACGUGCUCCAAUUUGAGUGCACACUUCUGUUUUGAGCGAGCAGCUUGUCCCAGCAGUGACUGCCACCACUACCUUCCCUUCCCUUCCCUUCCCUCUGAUGGGAAGCGCCUCUUUCCUUGCUACAAAGUGGAGUUGGGUGACUCCUCAGAAUGUAAGUGACUCCGGAGUAGGGAGACUUGGAAGUUGGCGACUCUCCCCCAGCGGUGGGGAACUAUGCUGGGCAGGUUGACCUUCCCAUCCCUUUGCCUUCCCUCCCUCCCCUCGUUCCCAAGCCCGACCCCAAGCAAGAUCCAGGCAAAGCAGCAUGGGUGCUACAUUCCCGAGCAGGAGAUAGGGCGCUCGCACUGUGCGCAGGCUCCAGCCCACCUGACUCAGCAUCUGGCAGCUAGGAGAGCAGCAGCUGCCGCCUCCUCUCUGCGCUCUGGUGCUGCUGCUGCAUUCCUGUUCCAUCACGCCAGAGAUGUGCAGGCAGUACCGCCCUGGCUGGCCCAAGGCUGCCGCUUUGACAUGCUGCCCAAAGUGGAGACAGAAGCCCUGGGACUCGCCCAGGUGAAUGGGGAGCAUGGGCAGAUGCUGGAAAACAUGCAGAGGGGAGAGCAAGCAAGCGAGAGAGCUGCUUUGGGGAGAGAGAACUUUUCCCUCCCUUUCCUUCCUCCCACUUAAACUCCUCCCCCCCCCCCCGCAUCCAGUUAGCCACAUCCUUCCCCACACGCAUCCUACGUGCACUCCUCUUCCCUCCAGUUUGCGUGUUUUUCGUUCCCCCCACUUAAACUCCCCUCCCGCAUCCAGCUAGCCACCUCCUUCCCCACAUGCACCCCAGUCCCUCCAGUUUGAGUCCCCCUUAAACUCCCCUCUUCCACCCCUGUCCCUCCAAUGGCAAUGGGUAGAUCACUGCCAGUUUUGUGAUACUGGGUAGUAGAUGGCACCCUGGUUGCUUUCAUUUUAUGGAUCAACAGUCUCAUUAGAGAGUAAAAUUCAUGUUAAACUGCUGUUUUAUGGGUUGUUUUUAAUUGUCUGGAACGGAUUAAUCCAUUUCGCAUUACAGUGGUACCUCUAGUUACGAACUUAAUUUGUUCCGGAGGUCCUUUCUUAACCUGAGGCAUGCUUUCGCUAAUGGGACCUCCCGCUGCCGCCGCGCCGCUGGCACACAAUUCCCAUUCUCAUCCUGGGUCAAAGUUCUAAAGUCAAGGUAACUACUUCCAGGUUAGCGGAGUUUGUUACCUGAAGCAUUUGUAACCUGACGCAUUUGUAACUCGAGGUACCACUGUACUUUCUAUGGGAAAGCUCGCUUUGGUUUUGGGAUACAAUUCCAGAACAGUUUAAGUUUGAGAACCAAGGUACCACUGUAAUCGGUUUUAUAAUUGCAGGUGGUGAUGAAAUGGAAAUUAAUAACAAGUGGGAGCAAUACAGAAUCCACGCAGUGGAGAAGCAAUAUAAAUACUCAAAGUGUGAAGAGAGCUUUAGUCAGAGGUCCCAGUCCACUUCUCAUCAAAGAAAUCCCAUUGGGAAUAAACCCUAUCCAUGUUACGAAUGUGGGAAGAGCUUCAGCCAGAGCACCCAUCUCACUUCCCAUCAAAGAACUCAUACAGGGGAGAAACCCUAUCAGUGCUUGGAAUGUGGAAAGACCUUCAGUCGGAGCGACUCUCUCACUUCCCAUCAAAGAAGUCAUACAGGGGAGAAACCCUAUCAGUGCUUCGAAUGUGGAAAGAACUUCAGUCAGAGCACCCAUCUCACUUCCCAUCAAAGAAUUCAUACAGGGGAGAAACCCUAUCAGUGCUUGGAAUGUGGAAAGAGCUUCAGUCGGAGGGACUCUCUCACUUCCCAUCAAAGAAGUCAUACAGGGGAGAAACCAUAUCAGUGCUUUGAAUGUGGAAAGAGCUUCAGUCAUAGUAGCAAUCUUACUUCCCAUCAAAGAAUCCAUAAUGGGGAGAAACACCAUCAGUGCUUGGAAUGUGGAAAGACCUUCAGUCGGAGCGACUCUCUCACUUCCCAUCAAAGAAUUCAUAAAGGGGAGAAACCCUAUCAGUGCUUCGAAUGUGGAAAGAACUUCAGUCAGAGCACCCAUCUCACUUCCCAUCAAAGAAUUCAUACAGGGGAGAAACCCUAUCAGUGCUUGGAAUGUGGAAAGAGCUUCAGUCGGAGCAACUCUCUCACUUCCCAUCAAAGAAUUCAUAAAGGGGAGAAACCCUAUCCAUGUUACGAAUGUGGGAAGAGCUUCAGCCAGAGCACCCAUCUCACUUCCCAUCAAAGAACUCAUACAGGGGAGAAACCCUAUCAGUGCUUGGAAUGUGGAAAGACCUUCAGUCGGAGCGACUCUCUCACUUCCCAUCAAAGAAGUCAUACAGGGGAGAAACCCUAUCAGUGCUUGGAAUGUGGAAAGAGCUUCAGUCAGAGCACCCAUCUCACUUCCCAUCAAAGAAUUCAUACAGGGGAGAAACCCUAUCAGUGCUUGGAAUGUGGAAAGAGCUUCAGUCGGAGCAACUCUCUCACUUUCCAUCAAAGAGUUCAUACAGGGGAGAAACCCUAUCAGUGCUUCAAAUGUGGAAAGAGCUUCAGUCAGAGCACCCAUCUCACUUUCCAUCAAAUAAUUCAUACAGGGGAGAAACCAUAUCACUGCUUGGAAUGUGGAAAGACCUUUAGUCGGAGCAACUCUCUCACUUCCCAUCAAAGAAGUCAUACAGGGAGAAACCCUAUCAGUGCCUGGAAUGUGGAAAGAGCUUCAGUCACAACGGCUCUCUCACUUCCCAUCAAAGAAGUCAUACAGGGGAGAAGCCUUUUGAGUGCUUGGAAUGUGGAAAGAGCUUCAGUCGGAGUAGCAAUCUUGCUUCCCAUCAAACAAUUCAUACAGGGGAGAAACACUAUCAGUGCUUGGAAUGUGGAAAGAGCUUCAGUCAGAGCAACUCUCUCACUUUCCAUCAAAGAGUUCAUACAGGGGAGAAACCCUAUCAGUGCUUGGAAUGUGGAAAGAGCUUCAGUCGGAGUAGCAAUCUUGCUUCCCAUCAAACAAUUCAUACAGGGGAGAAACACUAUCAGUGCUUGGAAUGUGGAAAGAGCUUCAGUCAGAGCAACUCUCUCACUUCCCAUCAAAGAAUUCAUAGUGGGGAGAAACCCUAUCAGUGCCAGGAAUGUGGAAAGAGCUUCAGUCACAACGGCUCUCUCACUUCCCAUCAAAGAAGUCAUACAGGGGAGAAACCCUAUCAGUGCUUGGAAUGUGGAAAGAGCUUCAGUCGGAGUAGCAAUCUUGCUUCCCAUCAAACAAUUCAUACAGGGGAGAAACGCUAUCAGUGCUUGGAAUGUGGAAAGACCUUCAGUCGGAGUGACUCUCUCACUUCCCAUCAAAGAAGUCAUACAGGGGAGAAACCCUAUCAGUGCCAGGAAUGUGGAAAGAGCUUCAGUCACAGCUACAAAUUCACUUCCCAUCAAAGAACUCACAGUGGGGAGAAACCAUAGCAAUUGCUGUGUAGUAAUUUUAUUUCAGGAAACUUUAAUUUCUAUUCCCAACAGUGUUCUUGUGCUUCUUCAGCUCAGCAGAGAAGUCAGCCCUGCCUCUCAAAGCUAUCGAGUGCUAACCCGGUGCCCAAUAUUCUUCAAAUACGUAUCCAGAUCUGCAGUGUGGAAGUCAAUGGCCAAGAUGUUGAAUUCAGGCUUUUCUUUGUGGGAAGGCUAG